AUGCCCAUCACCGAACUCAUAUUCCCAACGUACAAGCUUGAUGCCGAGUCUCUUACGGCUUUGAAGACCAAUGAAUCCCACAUCUUCUCGCACCUUACAAACGUCAAUGGUCUCCAAGCCGCCUUCAACGGGCAAAUCCUCGAACAUAAUGGAUCUCCAGUUGAUCCAAAGAACGUCAGAACAUUGCUGGUUUUAGCGUCCUUCGAUGCUUUCUAUCCCAAGUCCGAAAAGUUCCAGGCCUUCAUUAAUUCGGUGAAGCCUUUCGUCGCAGCUCCUGCCGUGCCGGAACUCUACGAACAGCAAGAACGAUCCAUCGCCUGUACGUCGACGAAUGUUACACAGAUAUUUAAGUCAACAACAAGCGACACAAUAGAAAAGGCGUGGGAACAGCUGAAGAGCUCGAUUCGAGAUCAAUACUCGAUUGCAGAUGCGCCAGCCUUUUACCAUGCGACUGGAAUCAAGAACGAUCAGGGCAAAUUUCUAGGGUUGAUCGGGUGGCAGAAUCUUCAGAGAGACAGACACAUCCGUCGGUCAAUAUUGUGCUUUCCGGACAGUGCUGGGCUGACUCACGAGAAUAUUCAGGAAUAUGAACGUGUUGGAAAGACCAGCGCCGUAAUGGCGCGCAUCCACGAACUGAGCAACGAGGCUGGCGGAGAGGUGGAGAAUCUCGUGGUGCAACUGGGCCAAAUCUAG